AUGACACUUCCUUUUCGCAAUCUAUGCUAUACUAAGCUUUUGCGAAUAAUACCCACCACAAACCUAAUAAUACAGCGACGAGUAUUCCAACCUUCAUCCACAAAACGCAAUAUCAAUAAUUAUAAUAAUACCUCUAAAUAUCUUUUAACAAAAUGUACUUUGCUCUUCAAUAAUAACUCACCGAAGCCUCAAAAAUACUUUUGUAUCAACGUCAAUAGUAAUAAGAGAUAUCUUAGCAAUACUUUCAGUACUGACGAGGCCGGUCCUGAUGACAUUACAGGAACAGAAGUUAGCAGUGGUGGCUUAAUAUUAAGAAAACGACCAAUACCCGAGGACAUGUCGAUAUACCCUCCUCGACCGCCUAUAGUCACGAUAAUGGGACACGUAGAUCACGGAAAGACCACGUUAUUGGAUGCGUUACGGAAGUCGUCUGUGGCCGCUGGCGAAGCUGGUGGUAUUACGCAACAUAUUGGCGCUUUUUCAGUUGAACUACCUUCAAAACAAACAAUCACAUUUCUCGAUACUCCGGGACACGCUGCAUUCUCCGCGAUGCGUGCCCGUGGUGCUCAUGUGACUGAUAUUGUCGUGUUGGUGGUUGCCGCUGAUGAUGGCGUUAUGCCACAAACACUUGAGGCGAUUCAGCAUGCUAAAGAUGCGAAAGUGCCGAUGGUUGUGGCGAUCAAUAAAAUUGAUAAACAUAAUGCCAAUACGCGUAAAGUUUGUGAAGCAUUAUUGUCACACGGUGUGGACCUCGAAGAAUUUGGUGGUGAGACACAAGUAAUCAAAGUAUCAGGAUUAAAGGGAUUAGGUCUUGAUCAUUUAGAAGAUGCGAUUAUUGUUCUUGCCGAGUUGAUGGAUUUGCGUGCAGAAGUCGAUAUUGGUGCGGAGGGUGUUGUUAUUGAAUCACAGAUUGAGAAAGGAAGAGGAAAUGUUGCUACAAUUUUAGUUAAACGUGGCACGCUGAAAAUUGGUAGUGUUGUAGUAGCUGGUACAGCCUGGUGCAGAGUCCGAUCAAUGAUCGAUGAUAAAGGUCGUACGUUAAAAAAAGCAUUGCCGGGUACACCUGUUCGUGUAAUAGGGUGGAAAGAUUUACCACAGGCCGGUGAUGAAGUAUUAGAAGCGCCAGAUGAAGAUGUAGCAAAAGAAGAAGUGCAACUUCGCCAAUUGCAACAAGAACAACAAUUACUGCUAAAAGAUGAAAAAAUAAUCUCAGAGAAACGUCGACUCCAAAAAGAAGAAUUAAUUGAAAAACGAAAACAUGAACGUAAUAUCAAAAAAGAGAUCUGGAUGUAUUAUCAUGGAUUGCUUUCAGAGUAUCCCAAAGUUAAACCCCCUGACACCAAUGAAAAAAAAGACGAGGAUGAAAAGAUUAAAGAGUUCAAAGUUGUUGUAAAAGCUGAUGUUAGCGGUACUACGGAAGCGGUUGUAGAUGCUUUGGAAAAAACGGGAAACGAAGAGAUUCGAGUUAACAUUGUUCAUUAUGGUGUUGGGAAUAUUACAGAUUCUGAUAUACAAAUGGCGUCUACUGUUGAAGCAACAAUAAUAGGAUUCAACGUAAAAGCUGACAAAAAAGUACAAAACGCGGCAAAACAAGCAGACGUCGAGAUCAUCAUUCACAAUGUUAUCUACAAAUUACUAGACGAGGUAAAAGCACGGAUGAGCAAAUUACUACCACCAAUUCUCGAGAUACAUGUAACGGGUGAAGCGACGAUUCUUCAAGUCUUUGAGUUGUCGGGGAAAAGAAAAGAAGUUAUACCUGUGGCGGGAUGUAGAAUUGGUUCAGGACGUGUGUUGAAGAAUCAAAAGUGUCGUAUUAUGAGAGGCGACAAGAUUAUUUGGGAAGGAAAGUGUACAUCAUUCAUGUAUUGGUACACGUAUCCCGAUAUCACCGAAGCAACAAAAGGUAUCGAAUGUGGAAUGUCAUUCGAUGGAUUUACGGAGUUCAAGGCUGGAGAUCUGGUACAGAGUUUUUAUGUUAAAGAAAUUCCAAGAACAAUAUAA